UUUUUCAUUCGCCCCGCCCUCACACGGACACGGCUGAGACAGUCGACUGGAUAACAACACAGAAAGAGAAAUUCUGUCAGUGAAAUAAGAUGGAUGGAGACAAGGCUCAAUAUUCACGCCUUAUGGAGUCUCUGAAGAGGAGACGGCGGCUAGGCCCUGACGAGCUUAGACUUAUUGCUGAACAUGACAGCGAUGAAGAUCAUGAAGGCAUGACCAUUGAAGAGGAGGACUUCAUGGACAUGGAGCUCCUGGAUGAAGGGGAAGAAGAGGAUGAAGAGGAGCAAGAUGAGCAGAGGGAUCAACCAACAACCUCCUAUCGGUAAAUGCAUGUAUUCCAAUAGUGUGUAUUUGUAAAUGUGUGUGUGUACAUAUAUGCUGACAAUAAAUGUCAGCAUUUGCAUCCACACACACAAUCAGGGCUGCCAACAAAAAGUUAAAAUUAACAAAAGAGUACAAACUGAGAUUAUGAUUUUUACUAAUGUUUGCUUUCUUUUAUGGGUUUGGUUAGUCUUUCUUGUCCCAUGUCAGGUAGGAAGCGGAAACGCUUUCCUGACUCUGUAUCCUUUCCUUCCUAUGCUGAUGUAGACACAGAAGCACCAAAGCCCAUACCAUUUAAUCCCUCUCGUCCAGUAGGCAUAGAUCUGGGAAGUGUGCGUAGGGCUGUACGGUCAGCCACAAGUACCUUGCGUGAAAUAGACUUCUUUAAGUUGUUUUUCACGUACACCAUCGUUGCCGAGAUUUGCCAGUUUACAAACUCUAAGGGGUGGGAGCUUGUACUGAAUAGGCCGUCUUAUGCGAACCAUCAUGGGGCAUGGGAAGAAGUGACCCCGGAUGAAUUCUACCGGUUUCUUGGGCUCCUUAUUUACAUGGGUUUCACGUCCCUGCACAGCAUUCACAGAUAUUGGGGAACCAAAUCUCUUCAGGGUUCAUGGGCCAAGUUAUUCAUGUCCCGUGACCGUUUCAAGGAAUUGAUGGCAGCCCUCCAUGUUGUAGAUCCUGCCACAGAAAAUAAUCUUGAUCGUCUUAGGAAGUUGCGUUACCUGAUGGACCACCUCAAAACCAAGUGUCAGCAGCUUUUCCAGGCUAAUGAAAAUCUGAGCAUAGACGAGAGAAUGGUAAAAUCAAAAGGUCGAUCAGGAUUCAAGCAGUAUAUGAAGGGCAAACCUACUCGCUGGGGUUUCAAAUUGCGGGUCAUUGCAACUUCAAAUUCGGGAUAUACCUUAGACUUUGAUGUUUACACAGGCAGUAUUGAUGGGCGCAUAACUGAUUUGGCUAUAAAAGUGAUCGAAGACCUUGUGCAACCAUUUAAAAAUCAAGGUCACACAGUUUGGUUUGACAACUUCUAUACAUCACCAACUGUUAUGGUCCGACUUAAGGAGUGGGGAAUCAAUGCUUGUGGGACAUGUAGGAUUAAUCGUAAGAAAUUCCCAGUGGAUUUCAAAGAUGUCAAGAAAUGGGAGCGGCAAGCUAACCGUGGUGAUAUGAGGUGGUGUAGAAUUGACGGAAAUGUCUUAGUUGUUCAGUGGAAGGACACGCGAGCAGUUACAUGCCUCUCUAAUUUCCACAAUGCUAAUGAUUCAUCAGAGGUUUCUAGGAUGGUAAAGAAUGGUGCCACGUGGGACAGGAAAGUAGUCCGUCAACCAGCUGUAGUAAAGGACUACAAUAAACACAUGGGAGGUGUUGACAGAUCUGAUCAAAUGUUAAACACAUACAAUCUGCUUCAGAAAACUCAAAAGUGGUGGAAAACACUUCUUCCAUUUUGUGGACAUAGCCGUCGUUAAUAGUUUCAUUUUGUUUCAGGACUGGCAUCAUUCCAAUCCAGCAUCACGUUAUGGGUUUAGUUCAGCAGGCUACAGCCAGAUAAACUUUAGGGAAAAUCUGUCGCGCCAACUUGCAGACAUUUCCGUCGAUUCAAUUUUGCCAUCUCAGCUUUCAGUAGCUCCAACCACUUCCUCAUCGUUUUACGUCACCCACAUUCCUCAGAUAGAGCAAGUAUCAAGAAAUUGCUGGCUUUGCUACAAAAAAUUCAAAAAAGAAAAUAAAACAAAGAUUGCAUGCAUGGCUCCUGAGUGCCAAGGUAGAAGAUUUUGUUUAGUUGGCAAUCGAAACUGUUUUCAGUCUUGGCAUUCUAGCAAAGAAGUUCGCAGUUAGACCUACACAGGGCUUCUGUCUUCUACUGUCAGUCCCUCUCAUCUUUCCUCAACCCCUGUGUUUGUGUAUAUGUUCUUUGUUUCUCUUUCUCUUCACAGGUCAAAGUUCAGUGUGCAUUGUUCAUUGGAAGGAGGUAAUUUGAGGUAAUUAUCCAUUGUGCAUUGUCUGUUAAAUAUUUUGUAGUGAAUUUUUGGCAAAAUGGCUUAGAUGAUAUUUGAUAUCCUGUUGCCUCAAAACUGUUUACUGAAUUGUUCAAUGAUUAUCCUGAACAAAUAAUUGCUUUUUCUUGUAUUGUUGAAUUGGAUUAUUUGAGAGUUUGUUUUAUGGAGUGAUGUUCUUCAAUAGUGCUGAACUAUAUUGUAUUGUUGUUUUGAAAUUAUUUAUAGAAUGAGAAGUGUAUAUAAUUCUAAUAAAAAUCUUUAAUGUUUUUGAACUAUA